AAACGUGCAGCUGCGCAGCGUGCAUCAUGAUCUCCAGGACAUUAAACAGAAACCAGGAGAAUGGCGUAGGGGGGGUUGGGGCUCCAAACACGCCCCUGCAGUAUUUUUGGCGCCUGCUUCCUGGGAAAGUGACCCCCGCUCCCCGAGAGUGCUUUUGUUUCAAUUGCGGGCGAAAGGACCCGUACAGCAGCACCCACCGAGCGCUCGGACUCCCCACGAUCCAGCGUGGCUCCCAACACGUGCGCAGAACCCGGCCGCGCUCGCGGCCUCCUCCCCCGCCCGGAAACUACAACUCCCAGCCGCCCCGGAGCGUGCGCAGUAGGAUUCGAUGAGCUCACGGAUCACGGGACGGGCUGACGUCAGAGAGGGGGUGAUGAGCGCAGCGCGCCUCAGGAAGGAGCCCGGGGCGCCCUGCGCGGGGGGUCGCGCGUCAGUUCUGGAAGAAGCGGCAGAUUUCCAGCCCCCAGAGGGGAAGCCAAGAGACUCUUUGCUGCAGAUUGUUUGUCGGGAUGGGAAAACAAUCAACCUUUGUGCAGAAAGUGCAGAUGACUGCUUGGCAUGGAAAAUUGCUCUCCAGGAUGCUAGAACAAAUGCGGGCUGUGUUGGUUCUGAAGUGAUAUACGAUGAGACUGCAAUUUCCUCAGCUCCUCCCCCAUACACCGCGUAUGCUACCCCAUCACCUGAGGUUUAUGGCUACGAGCAGUACAAUGGUGCAUAUCCCCCUCCUGGUCCUCAAGUCAUCUAUGCCUCUAAUGGACAAGCCUAUGCUGUUCCUUAUCAGUAUCCGUACCAAGGACCUUAUGGCCAGCCCCCUGCAAAUCAUGUCAUCAUUCGAGAACGUUACCGUGACAAUGAUGGAGACCUUGCACUGGGCAUGCUCGCUGGAGCAGCGACUGGAAUGGCCCUGGGAUCAUUGUUCUGGGUCUUCUAGAUUCCCUGGGAUCUUUGUAUUUGUAGCUCCAAAAAACCUUUAUUCUUCCUGUGCAAUAAUAUAUUUUGCAAAAUACUGUUUACUGUAAAGUUUUUAAUAAGACAAAUGCAGGAAUACCUUUUUUUAGUAGUGAUAAUUAUAAUUAACCCACUUUUACCUAUCCCAAGGCAAAGGUUUAAAGGCACCAUUUAAUUGAAAUAUGGUUAAAGAUGCACUUGAGAAUUUCAAGAGAGCUUUUUUUUUAUGAAGCUUGGCUAUCUGAUAGAUUUAUAUUCUGCCCAUUGAUCAGUGAUCAUCAUUAGUACCAAUGAAAUAUUAUAAGCAAAGGGUUAAGGGUUGUCAUUUGUCACCAGUCUUAAGAAUAGACUGUUAAUAUAAGGACUCCAGAACAAGUGGUUAUUUUUAAGCCUUGAAUGGUCUAGUUAGUCCAGCUGCUAACGCCAGCAUGUUAGUGUAGUAGCAGCCAAGUGUAUUGAAGUCGUAUAUUCAGGGAAUUGAUGCUAUUGACUUCACAAAACACUCCUGAAGAUAGAUAUGCAGGUUUCUAUUAAUUGUCCCCCUACGGCACUUUUCAGUGGCUGGCACUGAAUUUUCAUAAAUGAAUGUGUAAAUGUGGAGGGUUUUUGCAAUACAUUGGCAGUGGAGUUAGCAUGCCCACUUCUCAAACCCAUUUUACAAGACAAAAUCCUCAGCAAGGAGAUUGGUAAAGUGAGGAAAUGCUCCUUAAUUCCUUCUCUGCUAAAAGAAAUUGGAAUGAUUUCAGUACUCGUAAAGCGAGAGAAAUGUGUGUUAUCAAUACAAGCCUUUUCUUUAACCUAGUCCGCAAGACUCUAAGCAGUUGGGACUCAGACUUUAAAAACAGGGUAACGAAACAGGAUGGGAAGAGUCUGGGAUCGAGCAGAGGUGUUAUUUCCCCAUGCCCAGUCACAAAUACAUUGGUGGGGAAGGGGUUGUGGUGUGCAAGGUCCUGCACCUGUGCUCAGCUCUUGUGUCAUUGCUCUUUGUACCAAGUCCAGAGAAGAUGGCUGAUCACAUUCAUCCUUGCAGUGCUGGAUCUGGCAGUACCCCUAGGGGUGUGUUAAUUGGUUAAGCUGGUUUGAGGAGGGGACCAGGGGUGAAUAGGAAAAGGAGGAGCAGACCAAAAACAGAUCGAGGGAAAUGGGAAAGAAACUCUAGUGGACCUUGUAUGCAGGCUAUGGUACGUGCCAGUGCGUCACAGAUGAGCUGCAGAUCUGCUUUCCCUGUCCGUUACCUUACCAUUCCAUCAGUUUCCCAUUGCAAGGUCUUGCCUGGUGGUGGAUAUAUGGAUGCUGUGAUGUUAGGGGAGGUUGUGUGUAUAUAAAACCCAAUCCCUGACGGUGACCAUUAACGAACCGUUUUAAAAAAUACACCAAGGAGCUGUUCCCUCCUUUGACUGGCUCACUACUGCUGAGUGGUUUCUCAUUCCUGACCAGUUGCAGAGUCUUGCUUUAUAAUUCAAAUUGAACUGUACUGGGCAUGGUGAAGGAACCAAUGAGCAGACAUGUAUAUACUUUCUUAUUGGGGGGGAAAAGGUGUAGGGUGCCUAAGCUUUGAUCUUUGUAGAAAGUUGUCUUAUUUUUAUACUUCCGCUAUUUUUGAGCUUCCUAUAAUGAUGCUGUCUUAAUAUUUUGACGCUUUUGCCUCUUUAAGCUUUCAAUUGGAAGUUGAUUAAAAUCCUCAAGGUGUGAAAGCCAGAGUAUGUCAGGGAAGAUGAAAGUAGAUGAUCUAGCAGCCAUAUUAGCUUUUGAUGAGAAGGAAUAAACUUGGCUUAACCUAAAGCUGUAUUGUCUGUCUGGGUUGUGCUGUACAACCAAUACAGGACUCUUCAACGCUUCGGAAAGUUUCGUUAACAGCCAUUGAGAGAGCAAAAUUUUUGUGACUGUGUUGGGGCCAACUGUCAUAAAUGGACACAUUUUAAAAUCCACUGAAAAGAAAUGUUCUAAUGAGACUGACAUUACCUUGGAUGUAUUACUAAUUAUGGGCCUGAACCAAAGCCUACUGGAAUCGAUGUCCUUCAGUGAACUUCAAGGGGCUUUGGAACAGACUGCAUUUUACUAAUUCUUCCCUUAUGUGCAUGUAAUGGCUCCUAGUGAGCUCAACGGGCACUGCACCUGUUCAUCCAAGAAAAGUGUGUUUAUAAGAACAUGUUGUGCAGAAACAACACCUGGCAUUUCAAAAGAGGAAUAAUCCUAUUAAAAAGAAUACAUUUCCCAGAAGAGAAACUGGCCCAUGUACCAAUCCAAAAUAUUUGAAAUGCAUCACUGAAUCCUCUCUCUGAGCCCAGUCCUGCAGUGUGCUCAGUAUCUCGAUGUUCAUGCAGAUGAGGGUGCUAAGCUCUUCCCAGGAUCAGGCCCUAAAUGAAUUUUGUUAAUAUUGCAAGACUGGAUGUUACCGUGGAACUGGUGGUAUCACAGUAGUACAGAAAGUUAUUUGGAGCUCUCCAGUCUAAGUAGCGGUAUAGAAAAUUCAUAGAUUGCCUAUUCCUGUGCUAUGUUGUGUGUAACAUGUAGAAAAUAAAAACAGCUACGUAUAACUCCAAA